AUGUUCAAGUUGGUGGUGUUGUCUUGCUUGGUGUCAGCUGCUUUCGCUGGUUACGCUCCAGUUCAAUACGCAGCUCAAGUGAAAACUAUUGUUGAGCCUUCAUAUUCAAUCAUUGAAAAGCCAUACGUGAAACAUGUCGGCGAUCAAGUUGUAGGGUCAGUUCCAACAGCUCACUCAUAUCAGAGCCAGACCCAAUAUCACAGCAAAUCAGUUGUUGAACCAAUCUACGCUCAUGGAGUUCAAAAAUCAUACAUCUCAACUCCAGUCGUCAAGAAGAUUGUUGAACAAGUCCCAGUCGUCCAUCAAGUCGCCAAGGUCGCUUAUGCUGAACCAAUUGUAGCUAAAGCCGCUUACGUCGAAUCUCCAAUUGCUUACUCAGCUCCACUUGCCUAUGCUGCACCAAAAGCUUAUGCUUCAUAUGCUGCCCCAGCAGCUUAUGCUUCAUACGCCGCGCCAGCAUCUUAUGCUUCAUACGCCGCACCAGCAGCUUAUGCUUCAUAUGCCGCACCAAAAGCUUAUGCUUCAUACGCCGCACCAGCAUCUUAUGCUUCAUACGCCGCACCAGCAGCUUAUGCUUCAUAUGCCGCACCAAAAGCUUAUGCUUCAUAUGCCGCACCAGCAGCUUAUGCUUCAUAUGCCGCACCAGCAGCUUAUGCUUCAUACGCAGCUCCAGCCCAUACAGCACAUGCCUGGUAA